GCGGGCGCCGCGCUCAGUGGCUGUGUGAUCUAUCCGCCGUACACACGCACUCAUGUUGCCAAAAAAAUAUAUAUGCCGGGAAUAUUUACAUUUAAACUUAAUUCUAUAAGAAGUAUAUAAAUAAAACAAGUGACGGACAUUUUACUGGAUUCUGUGAAUUGUUCUUUCAACGUGCAGACACGCCGGCCGGCAUUCUAACCUCUACGCUAUGGAUGCAGCGCAAGCGCACCCCUGUUCGGAUAUUUGACUGUGUGAGUGGAUUUUGUACAUUCAGUGAGUGGGGCUGAAAGCCUGCUGAAGCAAAUGCCACAAACAGUGCCCCGGUCCGGGUGCAGCCCGCCGUCGGCUUCUCAGGGCGAGAGAGCGGUCCCCGGCUCCCCCGCUGAUCUACAACAUCUUCUGCGCCUGCUCGGCGCUGCAUCCCCCCCAGAACCCAUGCUUCACUCUCCUCCAAACCCUCACAACAAACCACCCCCACCCUAUCCAGAAGAUAACACAAACAACGUUUUCUUGGAACGCCUAUACGACUUUGAGGGUUACCCUACUCCCUCGCCAUCUUCAGACGAAGGAUCUAUCCCAGCAGUCACCUUGCAGCCUUCAUCACCCUACAAUUCUCUUCAGUACUCUCCACAAGUUUACAUUAAAGAAGAACCUAACAGACUUGCCGUGCCCGGCUUUGCCUCCCCUUAUCCCUUGUCUCCGUCAGGAUCGUGCGUGUCGUACGGAAGCCACAAUCAAUAUUCAUCACCAGUCCCACAACACGAGGAAUACAUAGAUAUAGAAGAACUUCUAAAAGAAAAUCAGAUUUUACAAGAAAGUGUACAACAGAGCUACAUCACACCUAAAAUCGAAGUUGAAGAACCCAGAGAUCACAUUCUCCUGCGAUCAGCACUAGAAGACACAUCCUUCCAGAAGAGAUUAAAUCUCAGACCAAUUCCUUUAGAAUUGGGAAGUGUAAAAAUGGAAGAGAGCAGUGGAGGUGACGAUUCUCUAGUGGCACCAGACAUCGAUCGAGUUCUCAGCAUGGCCAUCGAACAGACCAAGAGAGACGUAGACAACACAUGCACUGUACUUGGAAUCUCACCAGAUCCAAUGCAGUGGACCACCGGGGACGUAAAGGCAUGGGUGAUGUUCACAUUGCAACAUUACAACCUACCAAUGGUACCCAUGGAAAACUUCACAAUGGAUGGCGCAGCACUUGUAGCACUAACAGAAGAAGAAUUCAACCACAGAGCACCCCAGGCGGGAAGCACGUUGUACGCUCAGUUGGAGAUCUGGAGAACAUCACAGGGGUCUGAUCAUCAACAGUUAUCAGCUUCACCGAUCCCAACGCCAGCAGGAUUACCGUCAGCCGACGACAUGAGUGAUGGGUUGGCAAAGAAUCAAGAGUUAGCAACGGAUAAGAUAGAUGAGGACUCAGAGUCAGCGGGAACGAGUGCGACUGUUGGAGGCGGUAAAGCAAAGACUGGAAGCACACAUAUACAUCUGUGGCAGUUCUUGAAGGAACUCCUUGCAUCUCCCCAUGUGCACGGUUCAGCGAUACGGUGGUUAGACCGAAGUAACGGUGUAUUCAAGAUUGAGGAUUCAGUGCGUGUUGCCAGACUGUGGGGCAAAAGAAAGAACAGGCCUGCGAUGAACUACGACAAACUGUCCAGGAGUAUCAGACAAUACUACAAGAAGGGAAUCAUGAAGAAAACUGAGAGGAGCCAAAGACUCGUCUACCAGUUCUGUCAUCCGUAUUGCUUAUAAAUACUCUUUAGUUUAUAAGUAAUGUAAAUAAUUUAUUAACGUUGUAUAUAAGGGUGUGUGAGAGCCGCGGUAAUGCGGACGGUACGAUGACUGGCUUCGUUUUGCGGCUAAAUCGCAAAUCGCAGCGCAGUCGCCGAGUUUGUUGACAGCCGAAUUUUCUACGGUCCUUUGUAUCGACGUGUGUCGUGAGGCCGGGAAUUAAUAGGCGUCUUGUACACUAUCCCUCCAUAAAAUUCGGGAAAGGUAAUUUUCUCUGGAAUUCUAUUGGACGGGACUAUUUGCUGUGUUAUGUAUUAGUUUUACCAGCGACUAGACUUUCGAUCUGAUAGUUCUCGAGUUAACGUAAGAUCGUUUUCGUCGAAAGUUGGUAAUGUUUAUCCCAUAUAUCUAUGAUAUAUUUCUAGUACGUUCUAUGAACUUUUAGUUAGUUAAGUAUUCUGUAAAUAUAAGAAAAAAUGUGCCCUCUAUUGUUCGGUACUUAUAGUGAUUUAAAAGAGAUUAUUCUCAUUCUAAGGUUUAUGAAAAUGUUGAAUAUUUUUGUAUGAAAUAUUAAAACAAAGAAAAAAUAAAUGUCAAUGUAUUUUUUAUAUUAAAAAUAAUUAAAAAAUGACGAGUUACGUCGUGUAUUGCAAUAAUAAUUUAAUUUAAGGUUUAAUAUUUAAUCAUGGCGGUGGAUUCGUGCGAUAAAACGUAUUUGAAAUUGAAUAAUUCGUAAUUUUGUGCCAAAUAGACGAUUAGAAUUUAUUCGGGGCAAAAUUGUAUUGUAUAAUUGUUUGUAAAUUUGGUGUCCCGCCGAUCUGUAAAUAGUUAUUGUAUAAAUUAUUUGCAAUAUUGGUGUCGGGAUAGUACUAAGAAAAUAAUAAAAUUUAUUAUCAUGUAUUACUUUAUAAGUCAACGCAGUUAGCGUUAUAAAUUUUUAUAAUUAUCAUUAUGAUUAUAUUGGACCAAACUAAUGUAGAUUUUAUGAAUCAAUUUUUAUAUGACAUAAUAAAAUUAAAUGGCCAUUAAAA